UCCCAUCACAUUUCCUUGCAGACCAAACCAUCCUUCCCUCUUAUUUAUUACAUUUCUCCGUUAUUCUUUCUUCUUCUUUUAUUCCUCUGCUCUGCUGCGGCUGCUGCUUUUCGGAUCUCAUCAAUGGCGGCGGCAGACAUGAACCCCGCCACCGCAUUCCCCGCCUGGUACUCCCCGGAGACCGGAGUCUACCACAGCACCCACCCCUCCGUUCCCUUCCCGGAAUCCACAUUCCUCGACGCCGUCUCCUACAUCAUCUCCCACACCCACGACGGCCUCAACGCCUUCGUCGAUUCCUCUUCUGGCUUCUCUGUCUCCUACUCGGAGCUCCUCCCCCUCGUCAAAUCCAUGGCUUGCGGCCUGCGCCGGUUGGGCGUCUCGCGAGGUGAUGUCGUCCUGCUCCUCUUGCCCAAUUCCGUUUAUUACCCUGUUGUGUUCUUGGGUAUCCUCUACUUGGGCGGGGUCGUCACCACCAUGAACCCCCUUAGCAGCCCGCUGGAAAUCAGGAGGCAGAUCGCUGAGUGUGGCGUCCGUCUCGCUUUUGCUAGUCCUGAAAGGUUCAGAGAAGUCGAGAAUUUGGGUGUCAGCGUAGUUGCCGUUCCGGAAACUGGGAAUGUGGGUCCGGAUAGGGUCGAGUUCUCGAGCUUUUACGGGCUCAUUUCAAAUUCUAGCGGGGCUGAUCUUGAUUCUGUAGCUAAGCCUCUCAUUAGGCAGGACGACACGGCGGCAAUAGUCUAUUCAUCGGGUACUACUGGUGGGAGCAAAGGUGUCGUGCUGACUCACCGCAAUCUAAUCGCGAUGGUGGAGCUUUUCGUGAAGUUCGAGGCCUCUCAGUAUGACUUCUUGAGUACUGAGAAUGUCUACUUGGCUUCCCUGCCCAUGUUCCAUAUCUACGGGUUGUCUCUAUUUGUGUUGGGGCUGCUCGCGUUGGGUUCUCAGGUUGUUGUUAUGCGGAGGUUCAAUCCUGGCGAUGCUGUUAGGGCCAUUGAUAAGUACCAGGUAACUCACUUUCCUGUUGUGCCGCCGAUAUUGAAAGCAUUGACGAGGGCUGCACAGUCUGCUGAGGGGAGCACUAGUUUGAAGAGCUUGAAGCAGGUUUCUUGUGGGGCUGCUACUCUUCAUCGGAGAGCCAUUGAGGAGUUUGUUCAGGCUCUUCCUCAUGCGGACUUCAUUCAGGGCUAUGGAAUGACUGAAUCAACUGCAGUUGGGACUCGUGGCUUCAACUCUGAAAAAUUUCAAAAGUAUAGCUCUAUUGGACUCCUGGCUCCAAAUAUGCAAGCAAAGGUAGUCGACUGGAAAACCGGUUCCUUCUUGCCUCCAGGGGUCAGUGGGGAGCUUUUAUUGCGUGGACCAGCAAUUAUGAAAGGCUACUUAAAUAAUGCUGAGGCGACCAUGUUGACGAUUGAUGAGGAUGGCUGGUUACAUACUGGAGACAUCAUUCAUUUCGAUCAUGACGGGUUCUUACAUAUACUUGAUCGCUUAAAAGAGAUUAUCAAGUACAAGGGUUUUCAGAUUGCUCCUGCUGAUCUUGAAGCUGUCCUGAUCACCCAUCCCGAAAUAAUGGAUGUUGCAGUAACUGGUACUGUAGACGAAGAAUGUGGGGAGGUCCCAGUGGCAUUUGUAGUUCGGAAGAAUGGAAGUGCACUCUCUCAGGAAGGUGUCAUCAACUUUGUAGCGAAACAGGUUACUCCGUACAAGAAGGUGAGAAAAGUGGUGUUUACUAACUUGAUACCGAAGUCUCCAGCAGGGAAGAUCCUCAGAAGGGAACUCAAGAAGUUGCUUGCCUCUCGAUUAUGAGGCCCAUUCCUCAUCAUCUAACUUCAGUAAUGAUUUUUUCAUAUCGAAGUAUAAUGCUUAUACCAUAUAGAGAACUUACAGGAGUCAAUUUUUGUCGGGCCUUGGGCAUUUCUCCACAUGCGAGAUGAAGUUCCCCAGAUAAGACUUAUUCCCAUAUAAUUUUGUCAGUGAUAAUUUUAGACUGUGUCGCUUUCAUCUGCACAAAAGAUAGCUGACAUCCUAAGAAGAUCAAGUCAAAGGGUGACAACUAAAUACAAUCUUGGAUCAAUUUCUGCA